CUAGAUUGUCUCAAGGCCUCUCAAUUGACUACCUAUCCAGCUUUUAAACCCUUUCGCGUUCCCGCACGAGGCGCGUGGAUACUGUGUUUCGGUCUCCUGUAGACAAGCGAGAAGGAUGCACUGGAAUUGAAGCCGAACCCAGGACCUUGAGACAACGACCACGACCACGUUCCACGAGAGCGCCCUUUCUCCCUCCUUCGAAUUGCAACAACCAAAUCUUAUACUUGGCUUAACGGGACGCUACACUGCUCUGAACCAAAUGAAGACUUGCGGCAGCGUAACGGCGUGAUGGGAACCUUCGGCGACCUGUCGCCAGGAGGAAGUGUAGCUAUUGGCAUUUUGGUCGGCUUGAUCUCCACGUCCGUUCAGAGCUUGGGCUUGACCCUCCAACGCAAGUCACAUAUCUUAGAAGACGAGAAAGGACCCCACGAUGUGCGGCGGCCACCCCAUAGACGGCGGAGAUGGCAGGUCGGAAUGGCAAUGUUCAUUAUUUCUAACCUGGUGGGGAGCACAAUCCAGAUAACGACCCUCCCAUUGCCGGUCCUCUCGACGCUACAAGCUUCGGGACUGGUCUUCAAUUCAAUAUGCGCCUCAUUGAUUCUGGGGGAGCCUUUCACACGCGGGUCAUUGGGCGGUACAUUACUGGUUGCGAUCGGUGCCGUCCUGAUUGCAAUAUUUGGGGCAAUUCCUGAACCGGCCCAUAGCCUGGAUCAGCUGCUGAAGUUACUUGCACGGCGGGGCUUCAUUCUUUGGAUGGUAAUGCAGGCAUUAUUGGUGGCUAUAAUCAUUGGGGUGGCAGGAUUUCUUGCCCGGGUUCCCAGCAUAUCCUCCAGUCCCCGGAUCCGGCUCCUCCGUGGACUCUCAUACGGCUGCCUCAGUGGGAUCCUCUCGGCGCACUCCCUGCUCGUAGCCAAGUCGGCGGUCGAGCUCCUGGUGCGUACCAUCGUGGAUAGGAUCAAUCAGUUCAACAGAUGGCAAUCAUGGGCCAUCCUCCUGGGCCUCGUCUCUCUGGCCCUCACGCAACUCUUCUACCUCAAUCGAGGCCUCAAACUAGUGUCGACCAGCGUUCUAUACCCUCUCAUUUUCUGCAUCUAUAACAUAAUCGCCAUCCUCGAUGGGUUAAUAUACUUCAAACAGACAGAUCGGCUCUCGGCUCUCCACGCCUCCCUAAUUGCCGUCGGGACCGUCAUCCUCCUCUCCGGCGUCCUGGCCCUGUCAUGGCGGCUCUCGGACGAGGCCCAGCCAACGGUGCCGCAGGGCGCCCUCACCCCGGCCCUCGGCUUCAUCGAGGACACUGACACGGAAGAGUACUCUGAUUCCAUGGCAGCCGACGAAGAAGCCUCCAUCAGCGCCGAGCACCAGGCGCUCCUCAACGGCGAGGCCAUGACGCCGACGGCCAAGCAGGACGCCGUCCUCGGCGCCACGCGCAACGUGCGCAAAUCCGUGCGGCUCACCGAAGCCGACGAGAUCUGGGGCGAGCUCCAAGACGACGACGCGCAGUCGUCACCGGGCCGCGCGCGCAGCAUCAUGACCAUGUUCGCCGAGUCUCCUCUCGUGCAUCCCCAAGAUGACGACGAGGACGCCGCCGCCGCCGCUGCCGCCCCGCCAGAUGAGCAUACCUCCCUGUUACGCGCGGGCGGGCGCAGGCGCUCGACGGGCUUCGCGGCGAGGCCGAGGAGGAGGAAGAACUCGCGCGGCAGGAACCAGGACGCGGUCGGGGGCCUGUGGAAGAUGCGCUGGUGGGAGCGCAAGAGCCGCAGUCGGAGCGGGAGCGGGAGCGGCAAGGGACCUCCUCCUGGUGGUGCGGGGGGCGGAGGACCAUCAUCUAGGAUGGAUUGAAAUUAUAAGCCCAAGCAAGCAAGCCAUGGAAAAUCAAACAAACCAGAACCAAAACACAAGAGUCGAGUUCGUUCACAGGGAUGUGUAGGGAGGGGAGGUGCUGUCCUGUAUCAUAUAUCAUAACCCCCCCC